GAAAACCGAUAAAACAGACUGGAAUUGUCGCACAAAUAAAGAUAUUUUUAUCGGUGAAGCGGCAGGCAAAAUUGCCUAAUAUUUUAAUCUAAAUUAGCGCUUCACUAAUGUGUGAUAAGCGUGAUCAGUGAAGAGUGGAGUUGGAAUAUUCCGUCAAAAAUCGUUCGGUGAGAAAGCAAUAGAAAUGGGACAGUCGUGGAAUUUCGUCUUUGUGCUGGUUUGGCUCUCGGCAAUUCUAGGUGCUGGAAUUCAUCUAUUCUCCAAAGGAUUUUUAUUGACAAGGAUCGCGCAGACGGAUUACAGCACCUGCAUUCGUUACGAAAAAUACAUGUGCCCAUCGGAAACCGACUCGAGCGCAUCUUGCAACAGUACACAAAAAGUCCUGUCCAUUCUGAGAGACGUGGACCGUUCAUCCAACAUAUGUCUACCGCGGAAAAGUAAAGUUAUUCUUUUAGUCAUAGAUGCAUUGCGCUAUGACUUCGGAACGUUCAAUGCAAGUCUGGAACAACCGCUGCCGUUCCAAAAUAAUCUUCCGGUGAUGACGGAAUUGCUGAACCGUUUUCCAGAGCGCACCAGGAAAUUGAAAUUUGUAGCCGAUCCUCCAACAACAACACUUCAGCGGCUCAAAGGGAUGACGACUGGAAGUCUGCCGACGUUUAUCGAUAUCGGGUCUAACUUUGCAUCUCCCGAAAUCAACGAAGACAACGUGGUGGAUCAAUGGGUGCGAACAAAUCGAACAGCCGUAUUUCUAGGGGACAGCACCUGGAUCGAGCUUUUUCCGGAUAGAUUCAAACGGAAAUAUGAUUUUCCGAGUUUUAACAUUCAUGAUUUAGAUACUGUUGACCGAGCAAUUGAAGACUUGCUUCCUCGGGAAAUAGCAAAAAAUGACUGGGAUGUGAUUGUGGCCCACCUGCUUGGAGUUGAUCAUUGUGGGCAUCGAUAUGGACCACUGCAUGGUGAAAUGCAAAGGAAACUGAGAGAAAUGAAUGAAGUUAUUCGGAAUGUUACAGAACAGAUGGAUGAAGAGACGACUUUGAUAGUUAUCGGUGACCACGGAAUGACUCAAACUGGUGAUCACGGUGGAGAGUCUGCUGAGGAGGUGAAUUCAUUAUUCUUCAUGUACUCGAAAGGACUCGACUUGAUGCCGGAAGAGUACGACAGUUUCAGCAAAACAAUUCAACAAAUUGACCUUGUGCCACUGCUAUCGAACUUGCUUGGUGUUCCAAUUCCCUACUCAAAUUUGGGACAAGUUAAUUUUCAACUUCUCCCAGACGUGAAAGUUGAUUCCUUUCUUCGAUACCAGGUGGCACUUCUACAUCUGUGGCAGAAUGCACGACAAAUUCAAAAUUAUUUCCAACAAUACGCAGAGGCAAACCGCGGAACUUUUACCGUUGAUCAGUUGGACGAUCUCGACAACAAGUUUCUCAUUCUAACGCAGAGAGUCAAUACUGUGUACACGGAAGCCGCUUUCCAGAGUUUAUCGAAAGACCUUCGGCUGUAUCUGAGAGAUAUUCUGAAAAGUUGUCGCGACAUCUGGGUCAAAUUCGACGCGCAGUUAAUUUCUCACGGCCUCUUAAUUACAGUACUAUGUUGCUUCGCAGUUUUCAUGCUGAUCGCUAAUUCGAACGCUCACCAGCUAGGACGAAUUUUCAACGGAACCACUAUUUAUUAUAUUGUCGUGUUAACAUUCAUGGCUGCUGCUUCGGGUUUUUUCUUCCAUCGGGAUUUCAAUCUGUCGUCAGCGGAACAUGGAACUUUAUUCUUUGCUUCUAUGGCUUCCAACAUCGUUUUGUUUUUCCUCAUCAUCAAGAACUGGAGUAAUAUUACUGAAAACAUUAGCCAGUAUCAGCAUUCGAAGAACUUUGUAACUCGGAUAUCGUUUGCCUUCACAACGUGUGUGUUUUUCUCCAACAGCUUUAUCGUGGAGGAACAAAAGGUUCUGUCCUACGUGCUGAUUGGUUUAUUUCUGCUUGCCCUGUAUAACAUUCAAAUGAAUAGCCAAUUCAAGGUCACACGAGUCCGGUGGCAGGUUUUGCGUAGAUCUAUUCUCUUGAAACUGUUUGCUUUGACUCUUUUUGGAAUCUUACUGUUGAGGAUAUCGAGCAACUACUUUCGUUGUCGCGAGGAACAAGGUAACUGUACGGAUUAUAUCAUGACAGCACUAACACCGGACGUACGAAGGAAAGCGGGACCACAAUUUGACAUCGUUCCUGUGAUCGCUCUGGCACUAUACAUAAUCUGUGCCCGAUUAUAUCUGAGAGCUUGUGGUAAUUUAACCGGCAAUGCUGUUAACGUUCUACUCGCCAGAUACGGUCCAACGGUAGGAACGGUAUGUGCUUGUGGUCACUUUGUUCUGGCCAAAAGUAACACGAAAGGGAUUCCACAGAUCCACAUGGAUGCUCUCGCUUGGGUGGUUUACGUUUUGCUUCUGAUACAGAUCGUGACUAUUGUGAUCCAACCGCUGAUGAUUUACGUUCUUCCCAAGAAGAAAGAUAUGGUCCUCUACAGUGAUCGAAAUCCUAUUCCCGAGAUUUAUAGACAGUUAAAAGAUAACUGUAGCUCUAAAAAUCCAUCGAAUGAUGUUCCUAUCGUUUGUGGCUUGGCGACCGUCUACUCAUCCGUUUUUAUAGCUGUCGGAGUGUUUAUAACUAUUCUACUUUCCCUCCUACUCGGUUCUACCGGAACUGGCGGUCUAAUUUUAUCCCUUGUCAUCACCAUAUGCUAUGGAAUUAUAUCCUCCAUCCUACAAUACGAAAACUCCACCAGUUUGCAGACCUGCUUACAGCCAACAUUUACCACCCUUCUCUCCUGGAUUAUUCUGAUGCAAUUUGGUUUCUAUGCCACCUCCCACCAGCCGACAAUGUCCCAAAUAGACUGGAACGCUGCAUUUAUAGGCCGAACGUGGCACUACGACAACAACAAUCUUAUCUCCGCUACGUUGGUACUGCUGAACACUUUCUCAAUUACGUUUCUACUCUCUGUGGUCUUCCCGUUGAUCAUCUUCGCUCCGUUUUGCGUUUACACCAUGUGGCCUGCGCUAGCACAAAAAGUCUACAAAAAGACGACAUCUACUGGAGCACCUAAGCCGCCAGGUCCCAAGAAUGUUCGCCGAACCGAAGGUGGCAAUGUUGAGUACAGAAGCGUGACCGUUAACAAAACGGAUGAUGAUACUGGCGAUGCUGGGCCCGGAUCUGCAAGAAAAGAAACCGACUUCGAUGUGACCAAGGGUGAGAUCAAUCUAUACGAAAACGAAAAACUGUUUAUUGGAACCGUGUUCAAAACUGGCUGCCAGCUGUUACUAAUUCAGGGAAUUCGAAUAUUCUGUGCCAUGUUCGCCUGCACGCUACACUGUCGACACUUGAUGGUGUGGAAAAUUUUUGCCCCACGGUUCAUCUACGAGGGUAUCGGCAGUUAUAUUGUAUUCAUUGGCCUGAAUUUAGGCUUUCUGCUGUUAUUACGUGUACAUCGGUCGGUCAACUCAUUAAUCAGUCGAAUCAACAAGGAACGAUAAGCGGGGUCAACCUCGUGUUUUAAGGUAAGGAGGAUUAGUACCACUCUAGUCGUGUGUUCAGUAUCAUAGUCUCACGUAAGGACGUAUCAGGCAUUUAACGUAUGCUGCAUCAUCAAAGAAAAUUUUCGGCAAACAAUGGUAACAAUCGUCGUUUUCAUUUGUCCACACAAUCUGUUGAUUAGGCUAAGGAAUUGUUUAAUCAAUAAAACAAGGGUUUUAAGAAG